GGAAGUCGGACUCAGUUCAGUUUUCUUUGGAAUUUGAGGUUAGGUCUAACUACACGGUCGUCGGGCUUUGAUUUAGUUUAAAAUUAACAAAGUUUGUGUAUUUCUUAUGCGUGAUGUAACUAUCAAUGUCACACAUUUCAAAAGGUAUAUGGUCGAAUUAUAAUCGGAAUUUCAGCCCGUAAUAAUGGAUGACAAAAUUUCGAAGAAAGUUGUGUCUAGGUUUCAUCCUUAUCACGGCGAUAACAUUAUUUUGUCAGAUGACAAUACCGUAGCAUAUCGUAAAACUAGUUUCGCAAAUGCGUUAACGUUUAGUGAAAAGCCGUUGAUGCCUGGUGAAAUAUUUUUGGUAGAAAUUGAGAAGAAUGAACGGGGUUGGAGUGGAUAUAUGCGCCUAGGUUUAACCCAAAUGGAUCCUCAAACAGCAGCAUCCUGUGGUGGAAUGUUACCACAGUAUGCCCUCCCUGAUUUGACCAACAUGAGUACUUCAUGGAUAUACGCAAUAACUAAAACUCAGAACAAUGUUUAUGUGUAUGGUCCCAGUGUAAAGACGCCCAAUGAGGAGGCUCCAAUAAUCGGUAUGCCAUCAAAGGCUGAGGGUGACAGCAAGUAUUUUUUAGGUGAUAAAAACAAUGUAAGAACAUCUCGUGGUACUAUUCCACGUAGCGUUCUACGACCAUCAGGUUCAUCAGAUGUUUCUCAUGACAUACUUCCAACGGACGUAGGAAGCCGAAUCGGAGUAGUGUACAUACCUUGUGGACGGGGAAGAGGAGACGUUGCAGAGAUGCAUUUUAUAAUCAAUGGGGAAGAUCAAGGACCUUGCUCUAAAGACAUUCCAUUUAAGGAAGGACCACUAUAUGCUGUUGUGGAUAUCUAUGGUACGACUAAGCAAGUUCGGAUAGUCCAACUGUAUGGAGUUUCCAGUCUUCAAAGCGCAUGCAGGGACGCAAUAUUACAGCACAUAAAGAAAACAGCCGUCUCGUCCCUUCCUUUGCCCAAAGCUCUCAAGGACUACCUACUGUACGAGUCUUAAGCCAAAAUCAAGUCUGUUGUAGAAUAAUAUUUUAUGAAAACGAAUAUCUAUUUUAUUUGUUGUUAGCAGUUAGAAAUUGCUUUAUUUUAUUCGUCAUAAUUAAUGGGAUCCGCCAAAAAAGUGAAUGUGAUUAAUUUGGACUAGCUAGAUAAUUCCAGUGGCCUAUGUUUAUUGUUAAGCUUGUGUAAAUGGUCGUAUGUACAUACCCUAAUAAUAAUAAAAUGUAUUAUUUAUUUUUGUUUGUACUCAAAGUGGUAAGGCCUAGUAAUAAUCAAAUUUGAUUUACUUUGUUCCUAAAUAAAGUAUUUCGUCUUUAUUUGUAA